UCAAUGAGGUAUCACAUUAUACACGAUCUGCUCUGACGCCCUGUCCUCCUCCUCUGCUCUACUUCCCCUGCAUCCAGCGUUCAGAGCACCAGUUUCCCUCACCCUGACAUUUGGUCUGUCCCCUAUCCUGCCACCAACCCAACCACCACCACCACCACCACACAUCUCUGAGAAGAGAUUCAUCCAAACACAGAGAACAUUGUGUCGAGGAGGCUCCGGUUGAGAGAGAGAGAAACAGAGGGGAGAGAGAAAGAGAGAGAGAGAGAGGGAGGGAGGGAGAGAGAGAUCCUCCUUGGCACACACCCGUCAGUGUGGCAGUGUGAUUUUGACUGACUGGCUGACUGACGGGGAUUCUGGAGGAGACGCGCAGGAAAGGAGGACACUCUCCGGUUUUAAUCCCUUCAGUCAUCGUUGUAGAUGGUUUUGUAGCUGCACUGCCUGCAUUCACCUAGGCAUCGGAUUUUGCUUCUUUUUUUUUCUCCUUUCCUUGAUUGGCUGAACCAGGGGCUGAACCCAGCCCGCCUGGGCCGGGCUGUGGGGGCUGUUCAGCGAGCCUAAUAGCUGAAGUUGGUACCCGAGAUGAGCGUCUGGACACCCGGGAGCGGGGCUCUCUCUUCGCCGGGGAGAGGGUCUGGGUCGUGGCGGUGCUGGUGGUGGUGGGUUGUAGUGAUCGGGGUGUCAGUGGGAUCUGGAGACCCGUGGAUGUCCGCGGAGGCAUGCCCGUCUUAUUGUACUUGCAGCAGCACCAGGAUCUCCUGUGUGGACCCGGAGCGGGAGAUCAAUGCUUUCCCCAUCCUACAGAGCGAGGCGGAGAUGGAGAACAUCACCGACAUUUACAUCGCCAACCAGGGUAGCUUCUCCUCCAUCAACGACAAAGACCUGCACUACUACAAGAAUCUCAGGAACCUAACGGUGACCAACAGCAGGCUUACGUAUGUAUCGAAGCUGGCCUUUCAAAACAACAUCAAGAUACAGUACCUGAAUCUGAAAGAUAACAACCUUUCGUCACUUUCCUGGAGGAUAUUCAGACACCUCAACAUUUCCUAUAUGAUCCUCACAGGGAACCCUUUGCACUGCUCCUGUGAGAACAUGUGGAUGAAACUGUGGUUGGGAGAGGAAGCAGACAAUCAGGAGCUGCGCUGCAUCGAGGAUGGAGGAGUACGCAAGCUGCUGUCCAGACUGACACUACCCAACUGUGAGGUUCCCAUGGCAACGUUAAACCCAUCCAAGGUGACACUAAUGGAGGGGAAGCAUGUGGACCUGUCCUGCACGACCUCGGGGGUGCCCUCGCCCGAGCUCAUAUGGAACAUGGCGUUGGUCUCCAACUAUGAGAUCGAGACAUCGGGACAGAUUUCAGUGCUGCGACUUUCCAACCUGUCGUCACUGGAUCACAACAGCAAGAUCAGCUGCACGGCUGAGAACAUCGUUGGAGAGAAAGAGUCCGCGCUGAUGUUGGAUAUACUUUUUCCUCCCAAAAUCACGAAGCUGACUGAUGCAAUCCCCGACCAUCACUGGUGCAUCCCCUUCAGCAUGUCAGGAAACCCAAUGCCAGAGCUGCUGUGGUAUCAGGAUGAUAAACUUGUGAUGGAGGGCAAGUUCAUCGUGACGAUGAUCCAUGACGUCACAGAGAGAGAGUUCCACGGCUGCCUGCAGCUCGACAGCCCCACACACCUCAACAACGGCCGCUACAAGCUGGUGGCUACAAACAAAUACGGCACAGACAUGAAGGAGGUGGACGCGCACUUCAUGACCAAGCCCUGGGAGGAUACGGAUAAGGACAACUAUUAUGAUCCAUUCACAGACGCCCCCACUCCAGACCCUCCUGAAGACGGAGUCGCUGUGUACGUGGUGGUGGGCAUUGCUGCUGUGGCCUUUACCGGUUUCCUUUUAAUGUUGGUCCUUCUCAAGUUUGGAGGGAAUUCCAAGUUUGGCAUCAAAGGACCAUCUUCUGUGAUCAGUAACGAUGAUGACUCGGCCUCUCCUCUUCACCACGUCUCCAACGGCAGUAACACUCCCUCAUCCUCAGAGAUGGGCCCCGAUGCUGUUAUCAUCGGCAUGACCAAGAUCCCGGUGAUAGAAAACCCUCAAUACUUUAGGAACACAAACAGCCUGCUCAAAACCAACACAUAUAUGAAGGGUUCAGUCUUAGAAGUAACAGUCUAUGGUCUUGAACCGUACACUCAGUAUAGUCUACGAGUGGAAGCUGUGAACGACGCAGGUAGCGUGUCCAGUCCCUGGGUCUCCAUCAGGACUCUGGAGGCUUCUCCUGCUGGCCUGGCUAACUUCACGGUGGAGCAGAGAGAGCAGGGCAGGGCCUUACUGCUGAGCUGGGAUCAGCCACGUGCUCCAAAUGGAAUUAUCACGAUGUACAACUUGUACAGUGAGGGGAACUUGGAAUUCAGCGGCUUAUCACGCAACUUCCUGUUUCGCCGUUUGGAGCCAUGGACCACGUAUACUUUGACUCUUGAAGCUUGCACCUUAUCAGGCUGCACACGCUCCCCUCCCCAGCAUGUCACCACCGCAGCAGCUCCACCUGCUUCCCAGCCCCCUCCCAGGCCUCUCUUGGUGGGCCCAGACCGUGUGUCCCUUACCUGGGGCCCUCCCUCUCAGACCAACGGGCCAAUCGGAGAGUAUUCUUUAAUUGGGAGAAGUCUGGAGGAAUUUGGCAGGGAAAGAAGUAAUGAAGACGAUGUUGACAAAGGAAAGGUGCUGUUCAGAGAAUCAUCCCCACAACAUGCUGACAGCUUCUCGUAUACAGUGACUGGUCUGCGUCCCUGGACACGGUACGAGUUCAGCGUCCAGACUCACAACCCUGCCGGACACACCCGCAGCCCCUGGGUAACCGUGACAACCAAACAGGCUUCCCCUCGAGGUCUGGCUCCCCCGACAGUGAGUCACCUCCAAGGCCAACCCAGUAAGGUGUUGGUUGCCUGGUCUCCCCCUUUGGAGCCCAAUGGGAUACUUCAGUCCUACAGGAUUCAGAGAAACAAUGUCAGCUUCUCCUUUAGUUUUGACCCUACUGUGCUCAGCUACACCGACGAAGACCUCCUGCCAUUUUCAACAUAUAGCUACUCCAUUAUAGCCUGCACGUCUGAAGGAUGCAUCAACAGUCCUCACACAAACAUCACAACUCUGCAGGCUCCACCUGCGACAGUUGAAGCUCCCGCAGUGGACAGCAUCACAUCCAACAGUUUGAACAUUUCCUGGAGUAAACCACUGACACAGAAUGGAGAGGUCACUGGUCCAGAGUCAGUGGAGGUUAGCUGGAGACAACCAGAGCACCCUAAUGGCAUCAUCACGGGAUAUGAACUCCGCAGAGAUGGUGAAGUUAUCUAUGUUGGCACAGAGACCCACUACCACGACUUUACACUUCUGCCAAGCGUUGAAUACAGCUACGUUGUGAGGGCCAACAACAGUAAAGGUGCAGCGAGCAGCGCGGCAGCCUCAGCAAAGACUCCCCCGUCAGCUCCUUCUGGGGUCGGUCUGCCCACACUGACACCUCUGGGACCAAGCCAGUUGCGGGUAGUGUGGAGUACUCCGGCCCGUCCCAAUGGAGACAUUUUGAGUUACACCGUGCAUCAGAGAGAUCCAGUCCAUCUCAGGAGCUCCAGCACUGUGUUCACUCCAGAGGACGAGGACUUCUCUGCUCGACACACCACUCUGCAUGGGCUGGCUCCUUACCACAGGUAUGAGGUGAGGGUGGAGGCUUGCACAGCGCUCGGCUGCUCCGCCAGUGACUGGUCCUCUGUACUCACUCUGGAGGCUCCCCCUGCUGGACAAACAGCGCCACUGUUAGACCUCCAGCCUGACGCACACACAGGCCUGCAGACCACCUUUCUACUCACCUGGUCCCCUCCAGCUCAGCCUAAUGGUAGAGUCCUUCACUACGAGGUGUACCGCAAACUAGACCAUACCACUGAUACCCUGGGACGUGAAGCAGCGACACUUGUCUACUGGAACGCCUCUACCACCUGCAGAGAUGAAGCACUCCAGCCAUAUACUGUAUAUCAGUAUCAGGUGUGGGCGGUGAAUUCGGCCGGUCGGUCUGCCAGUCCGUGGGCCAAUGGGAGAACAGGACCUGCCCCACCUGAGGGUGUAGGCCCACCUAUUUUCCUUCGUGUUUCAGCGACCUCAGCAGUAGUGAACAUCCGACCUCCAGCACGACCCAACGGGAUUGUUAGCCUUUACCGAGUGUUCUCAGUGAACCACAACAACCACACUCUGCUUUCAGAAGGGACAUCCCAUCAGCAGACACUCCAUGGUUUACGUCCCUACACCCAGUACUGGGUAGGAGUAGAGGCCUGCACCUGUUAUCAGUGCUGUAGCCAGGGUCUUCUGAGCGAGCUGCAGACCCUGGCUGCCCCCCCACCAGCCUCCCCCCCGCCCCGUCACCCUGACGACCCGCUCUGUUCAGCUGGAGUGGGACGAGCCUCUGGCCCCUAAUGGAGUCAUUGAGAGCUGUGAGCUACAUCUCAGAUCACCUUGCCCGCAGCCCCUCCAGCCUGUACCCCUCCCUUGUGCUGAAGGACCAAUAGAAAUCAGUUUCUU